UCGCCGUCACGGCCUUGGCUGGGCUUGCUGUGGUGGUGGCCGUGUUCUGCACUGCCACUAGGUAAAAAAGCUUUGAACUUUUUUCAAAAACAAACCCUAGAAGAAGAAGAACAGACAGUAUAUUAUUGAUUUAACGAAAAAGAACAAAAAUUACUCAUAGAUGAGAGCUCUACGACGAAGUCACACUUCGUCGCCUUCGAGUUCAAAUUCCUCUCCUUCUUCAUCUUCGUCGUCGUCGUCUUCGUGGAUUCAUUUGCGUUCGGUUCUAUUAGUCGUGUCCUCUUCCUCACCAGCUCAUUGUUCUUCCUCUGAUCGGACUCGUCUUAAGUCACCUUGGUCCCGCCGGAAAAGAAAACAUGCCCUUGCAGCUCAUCACUGGAGAAGUUUCUUUACACCAGAUGGAAGGCUUCGCGAUGGUGGAGUUAAGUUGGUGAAAAAAGUUCGCAGUGGAGGAGUUGAUCCAAGUAUUAGGGCAGAGGUUUGGCCAUUCCUCCUUGGAGUCUAUGAUUUAAACAGUUCGAAAGAAGAACGGGAUAUAGUAAGAUCUCAGAAAAGAAAGGAAUAUGAGAAACUCCGCAGACAGUGCCGCCGACUCAUAAAGCGCAUAAAUGAGAGCUCUAAGUUGAAUGGGGACAGUUGUAGUUUCACCCAGGAUACAGAUUCUCCCAGCUCUGAGGAUGUGGUUAGUGCCAGGGACUCCCUUUCUAGUGAAGAAAGGAUCCCAGAUGUUGAAUACUCAGAUGACCCUUCCAGUGCAUUGUUGGAUGGAGAUGAUAGUUCAAGACGAAACACAAAUGCUGAUGCCAAAGUACUAAAUUCAGACUCAUCUGAUUCAGACAGCUCUGAAGAACCUGAGGUGAUUCAGACUUUCCCCUCAGGUGAAGGAAGGGAAGAUAAUGAUCCUGAUAUGAGUUCCAAGGAUGAAUCUUCUCCCUCGAGAACAGAAGUCCAAUCAAAGUUAAGCAGUGAGGAUUUUGCCACAUGGCAGCGGAUCAUACGCCUUGAUGCUGUACGAACUAAUUCAGACUGGAUUCCGUACUCCUCAUCUCAAGCUGAAGUUUCACAGGAUAGAGCAUGGCGUUCUGCUGAGGCUGUUGGGUUGAAGGAUUACGAUCACCUGGAGCCUUGUAGAAUUUUCCAUGCUGCUCGACUGGUUGCUAUUCUUGAAGCGUAUGCACUCUAUGACCCAGAAAUUGGUUAUUGCCAGGGUAUGAGUGAUCUACUUUCUCCUAUAACUGCUGUAAUGACAGAGGAUCAUGAGGCAUUCUGGUGUUUUGUGGGUUUCAUGAAGAAGGCUCGACAUAAUUUUAGGCUUGACGAGGUGGGGAUUCGAAGGCAGUUGAGUAUUGUUUCUAAAAUUAUUAAAUGCAAGGAUUCCCACCUAUACAGGCACUUGGAGAAGCUCCAGGCAGAGGAUUGCUUUUUUGUUUAUCGGAUGGUGGUUGUGCUAUUUAGGAGGGAAUUGACAUUUGAACAGACAAUAUGCCUAUGGGAGGUAAUGUGGGCUGAUCAAGCGGCCAUAAGGGCCGGGAUCGGAAAAUCUGCAUGGAGCAGGAUAAGGCAACGAGCCCCGCCCACAGAUGACUUGUUACUUUAUGCAAUUGCAGCUUCAGUUUUGCAGAAGAGGAAACUGAUAAUAGAGAAGUAUAGCAGCAUGGACGAGAUUAUCAGGGAGUGCAAUAGCAUGUCUGGGCAACUUGAUAUAUGGAAGCUCCUUGAUGAUGCACAUUACUUGGUAGUAAACCUCCAUGACAAGAUAGAGCCAUCCUUCUGAUGACUGCAUGUUUUGCUAGCUAGUUUAUUGUUAUCAAAUCCGGUUCUAUGAGGGCAGCCAAAGUCCCAAUUUCUUUUUCAUUCCUGUUAAGCAAGCAUUCCAGAAGCUUAAUCCAAUCAUUCGUGAUACUCAAUUUUGCCACUCUGCCUACGUACUCUAGUGUAGGUGGCAAACAUUCAAAAGACAUUGUUAUCUACAUUAGAUUCAUUUGCAUUGUAUUCUACCAUUCUACUGCUUUGUACGUGAUUUUCUUAGACGUCACAGUUUUCACGUAAAACGACUGCAUUAGUAUUACGUACCA